UAAUGAAUAAAAAACGAUAAAUCUAUUCCAGCCCAAGCCUGAAGAGAAAACAUGUUGCCUAGCGACCAGUGGAAGAGUAGCAUCUGCUAGCUAACUAGGUAAUGUGCUAACACAUGAAAUAUGCUCCAUAAAACUCCGUACAAAUGCCACCGAAAAGAAAAGGACCUUUGCAGCUCGUCCAGAGAGAAGUGGACGAAAUAAAAAAACAGGUUGACAGUCUUGUGAAGGACGUGGAGAGUGGGAAUGGAUACACUGAAGAAGCAUUUAGGAGAUGUCAAGAACUGCAAAUGUCAGCAGAGAAGACACAAAGAACACUGAUGAAACUGACCAAGGCGGAUGAGCUCGCUCCAGUGGGGAACUAUGAUCAGAGGAAACAGGAAGAGGAGAGGCGGCUGCAGGACAUCUUGGAGCGUGUAACCACACUGUCUCUGGAGCUCUCGCCCGCAGGACCCAGUACUGCUGCAGGGGAUGCCUCAAAGGAAGAUAGCGAUGAUGAUGAUAAGGACGAAGAUGAUGAUGAAGACAGUAGCGACGAGGAUACUGAUGAUGAUGAUGAAGUUGAGAAUCAAGCUGUGAAAACUCCCUCUCAAAUGUACACAGCCCUCAGUGACUUCAAAGGAGAACAGGAGGGGGAUCUGUCUGUGCAGAGGGGGGAGAUAUUGAAGAUCAUCAGGAAGACAGCAGAUGGAUGGUGGCUGGCUCAGGACACUAAAGGCAACACAGGGCUGGUUCCAAAAACCUACCUGAAGAUUGGUUCUGGUGUUAAUGACGAUGAUGAUGAUGAAAAGGACGAAGAUGAUGAUGAUGAAAAUGAUGAAGAGGAAUCUGAGGAGGAGGAAGAUGGUGAAGAGCUGGCUGGUGACCAAGAGAAACAGAGUUCUCCACAUUCCAACUGGAGUACUGUCAAAAAGGCUUUGAGUGGGCUCGAUGCAACAGAUGUGCUCUCAGCAUUGGGGGCUAUACCUGCCGGAUUCGGAACAUCACAUCUCACUAAACUGCUGGAAGAGGAAGGUCAAACAUACAGAGGAAGUCACUACGUCCAGCCGGAGCUCAGCCAAUCACAGCUCUCCUUUAGUGACCUCUUCCUGGAUCCAGACACUGGCAGGGUUCGUGCCCGGCAGGUCCAGACUUGCCUUUGUUUCAGUCUGUGGAGCUGCAGGAUGAUUCCAACUCCUGGGGUCGGAGUUCAAGUCCUCAGCAGACACAUCCGCCUCUGUGCCUUUGAUAAAACUCAAGUGUUGAGUAACAUCCACACUGUGAGGGCAACGUACAACUCCAAGAGCCCCAAGACCUGGAGCUUCUCUCCAAGGAUGACUGGUAUCCUACCUUCCCUCCUCGAUGGGGACUGUUUUCUACGCUGCAACUCGGCACAUCCUAACCUCGGAAUCCUCUUUGAACUGGGAGUCACCUUUAUACGCAAUUCCACAGGUGACAGAGGGGACCUGAGCUGCGGCUGGGCUUAUUUAAAACUGACCGACGACAGUGGAAAUCCACUCCCCAACAGGACCUAUGAGCUGACUCUGAAUAGUGGCUCUCCAUUUGAGGCGGAGGUCCCGAUGGAGAUUGCAGCCACCAAAGGAUCUCCAGCUAGUGUUUUCCAGCAGAUGCUUCAGGCACGACGGCAGCCCAAACUCAUCAUAAAGUUGAAAUCAGCCAACAGCCGAACCAGAACACAGCUCAGUAUCCUUCCAGACACUCUUCUGCACUCUCUGAGCUGCGUGCACUUGCUGGCUCUGCACAGGCAGCUGCUGGCAGACACUCUCCUGAUGGACAGGUCUACCAUGCAGAACGCAGAUCUGAUAUGCAGUCCUAUACUCUCUACCUUCCCCGUGCUGUUCGACCAACCAGACCUGCUGGAUGCUCUCAGGAGUGCUUGGCUGGAGGCUGAGACCAGCAUGAGCAGAGCGAAGAAGAGAGACUUGCCCCAUUUAAAACAGGAGUUUGUCAAAGUCUACAUGUCCUCAGUGUAUUUCCUGCUCCACUCGCCCUCGCUGCCCCCCCACCGCCUGGCGGACCCCCCCUCAGAGGAGCAGCGGGCCAGAGUCCUCUUCUCCACCCUGGAUGCUCUCAAACAGAGCCAGCACACCAGCGGCACAUCUGGAGGUCUAGAGGUGUUCGUCGACCCCAAGCAUCAGCAUCACGCCUUUGAUAUCACAGAGUUGACCUUUGACCUCCUCAAUAUGGCACGGUGACAUCAAGUAUCUUAGAGGAUUUAAUAUUUCAGAGUAUAUCUAAAGUGUAUUCUAGACAUCAGGAGGAAACCCCUUUAAUGUGCCAUACAUACAUUUUUGUUGUACUAGAUAUUCUAUAUUUCUGCUACUGUCAAUAAAUCCCACAAUCUCAAUACUUUCCAACUUCCAAACAGGAAUAAAUAGUGCGUUCAGUUGGGACACUUUCAGAUGUGCAUUAAUACACAUUUGGUGCUCCAGUUUGACAGUCUAUUUGGGAUCUAAAGUGUUCAUUCACCCAGUGCAUUUAUGUGUCUCAUUGAUGUGUUUUUAAUGCAGCUCUAUGGCUCAGAGUAUAUAUUAUAUCACAUUUGGAUACACAAACUGUUAAGAUGAAUUCACUCUUAGUGUUGGUCUCUCGUUGGGAUUUAUAAAUUAAGUCUCAGUUUUGAGGAAUGCUAGCACAGAGUGAACGUAACAUACAGUCCAUAUUCAUGUAUACUUAGUGUGGGACUUCAUGAGGCUUUAUUGCAGAUAAUGAGCUUGUAUAUUGCCUGGAACCUUGUGACAUAAAAGCGAAUGUGUACAUGAUCACCAAAGACCCCUCUUUUAUAGAGUUCACUCCGCUCUACUAGAACGUGUAACAGAAAAAAGUUUGUGAUGAGAUUAAAACACAUUUCUUUAAUAACAGAACUAAUAAUGACGUUUAUUUGCAUGGCUUUGAUAAAGCUAUUUAUUGCCAGAUUUUGAUUCUAUUUUGCAAUAAACAUCU